AUGGCUCAAUAUAGCGCUGAUUCGUUACUCACUCGUAUCGAUGAUACACCUUCCAUUGUGCCAAAACGAGAAUUAGUAUCCACCGAACGAAUCGAAGUGAAAAAACGUAAUCCUGAACCCGUUCGAGUACCUGAAAAACAAAAUGAUCAACUUAAAUAUGAUAGAAAAAUAGAUAGUAAUAGAAAAGAUCAAGUAAUAUCAAGAGAUAUACAUACAGCUCCUAUUCGUUCACUCAAUGACUUUCUUUUCGAUGCCACAUGGAAUGUACCAAGGUAUGACGAUGAUGCUCGAAUACAAAAUCGAAUUAUCAGUAAUUUGAUCUACUAUCAAACCAAUUACUUUAUAUUCGGUAUCGCAUGUGUAUUGCUUCUCGGGAUCAUGUUUCCUGUCGAUUUUCUAAUUAUUUUGAGUCUAGUUCUCAGUCUUGUGAAUUUGGGCAAUGAUUCAUCAUCUGCCAGUAGACAUCAAGCCAAUCGAAAUGUAUCGUCGAUUCGUCAGCGACAUUCAUCUGCAUCAAGACAAGGUCUUUCAGCUCUCGCUUUUUUCAUUUUACUCGGCGUGGCCUUUUACAAGUUGAGCCUUUUGAAUAUACUAUUCAUACUUCUUUUUGGUAUCCUAUUGCCUAUACUUGCUAUUAUGUUCCAUGCAAUCUUGCGAAAACGUACCUUAGCAAAUAAGUUAUCGAAUCAAAUUGAUCGUAUUCGUUCACAUACCACACCGAUGGCUAUUUUUCUUGAAAAACUACGUCAGAUCACAAGUCGACAGUCUAAUUUUGGUCUGGCGGCUGUAGGUAUGGAUAGAGAUGCAACGGUGAGCCGUCCAUCGGUCCACGGUUCACCAGAUCAGAUUUUAAAACUUUUAAAUCAAGAGAAAGAUCGUAUUAUGAAAAAUAUAGAUGAACGUGGUUGUAUAACACAAGAAGAAGCUGAUUUUUUAAAUCAACAAACAGAAAAUGCACUGGAAGAAACAUUGAAUAAAUUUAAACAACAAGCAAUUCAACAAUUAAAAAUACAAUCGGAAGAUACAAAAGAAGAAGUACACUUUAAAAUUUCAUUUUCUAAUCAUUUACUAAAAUGGCUGCCAGAUUUAUUUCAAUAA